AUGCACAUCUUCCGCCUCCUGGCGGCGGGGCGCCGCCGCCGUGCCGUCUCCACCAUUACUGCUGCUGCUGCUGCUCCUGACGCCGGCCCGCGGGACAGCGAGGACGACGGCCCCUUCUUCGACCUCGACUUCUCCUCCGUCCGGGCAUCCUCCACCACCACCACAUCGGACUCCGACGACGACUGCACCGACACGGACCUCGACUUCAUCAUCUCCCUCCACCGCAGCCGCUCCGCCUCGCCCUCCUACGACCCCCUCUUCUUCGCCGCCGCCUCCGCCAGCUUCCGCUCGCCCCAUCACUUCUGCGCUAAACGCCGCGCCGCCGGCCUGCGGACGCUCAGCUUCGGUGCCAAGAACGCCGCCGCCUUCUAUGGCGGCGGCGGCCGCCACAGCUUCGCCCGGAGCUCAUGCAGCGCGCGCUCGCUGAGGCUGUUCAUGGAGACAGCGGCGGACGACGGGGUCGCAGAGCCGAGGCGAGCGCCGCCGAGCGACGUCAUCCGGAGCUACCUGACCAAGAUCUCCAGGCGGUUCCGGAGGACGUCUCCCCGCGCCGCCGCCGAGGCAAGAGGGCUCCGCCGUCUGCGGAAGAGCCGGUCAGCGUCGGCGGCCACCUUGCCAGCGUCCAGCUCAAGCUCAGCAUCCCGGCGGCGAGACGACUCCCUCCUUGAGAAGCAGGACGGCAUUGCCAGCGCCAUUGCCCACUGCAAGGAGUCACUGCACCGAGCGUCCGUGUCAGACUGCGACUCGUCGCUGUCACGGUCAAGAAGUGACCCAGGAAAACGCCAAGCUUAAUCCUCAUGGUUACGACACGACUAACAACCAUUCUCACUCAAGUCUGCAGACGAAAUUGAGCUCAAAUAUGGCAGAAGCUUCCUCCUAAAUUUCAGAAAAAAGAUGGGGAAGAAUUCGAAGCAGUACAAAUUAUGAAAAGUUUUAUGAACACGCGGCGGUUGAGCUAGCUAAAGAUGUUUCAUCUCUUUGUUUAUGGGUGUGGGUGUGUGUGUUUCCCGUCCUUAAUUUUAGUGUAAUGAUUUUAUUAAGCCAAGUGAAAGUGCUUUUUUUUUCUUUCUAUUUUUUGUGAGGAGAGGGUGGGGAAAAAAAGGCUCUUUUUAGGCUUCUUUAUCCCUCAUCUAGUGUAGUGUGGAAGCGUGGAUUGUUUUGUGUGCUCGCGCUCUCUUUCUCCUCUUGCUUUGCUUGUUUGGUUUUUUUUAUUUGAUUUACUCGUCUUUCUAGUUUGCUUUUGUCCAAGUGACAUGUAUAUGUAAUUAAGCAGCACAACAUUGUUGCCAUUUGACUAUAUAUAUAGCUGGUACUG